CUUCCUUUCCUUCCAUUUAAGUACUAACAAUUCACAGCCAACAUUUAAUUUUUGUAACAAACUAAUCUCAUCCAAAAUGGGCAUGAUUUUGGGAAAAAUCUCUGUUGAAACACCCAAAUACGAAUUGAUUCAAUCUACACCUGAUUACGAAAUCCGCAAAUACCCAGCAGCUGUUAUAGCUCAAGUCACGUACGAUCCAACCCAGUUUAAAGGCAACAAAGACGGCGGAUUCAUGCUACUAGCCAAUUACAUCGGCGCAUUGGGUAAUCCCCAAAACUCCAAACCUGAAACAAUCGCCAUGACAGCCCCAGUAAUCACCAAAUCGUCUGAGGAAAUCGCCAUGACUGCACCAGUGGUAACUAAGUCCGGUGACGGAGAGAAAAAUACAGUGACUAUGCAGUUUAUUUUGCCGGCGAAGUAUACGAAAGCUGAAGAAGCACCGAAGCCGUUGGAUGAGAGAGUGGUGAUUGUAGAAGAAGGGGAAAGGAAGUAUGGGGUGGUCAAGUUUAGUGGGACUGCAAAUGAUAAAAUGGUGAAAGAGAAAGUGGAGAAUUUGAAGAAAUGGUUAGAGAGAGAUGGGUUUAAGAUAAUUGGGGAAUUUGAGUUGGCUAGGUAUAAUCCGCCAUGGACAUUGCCUCCAUUUAAGACUAAUGAAGUUAUGAUUCCACUUGAGUAAUGAGCUGAAACUAGUGUAUAUAAAGUAAAAAAAAAAGAGUGUUGUGUAGUGAAUUUUUAUUUAUUUUGCGUUUUGUAUCGAGUUCUUGUUUCUUUGAUUACGUUGUUGAAUAAUAGAGGUGGAUACAAAAUUUAAGU